GGUUCGGGUGCUUCGGGGGGAAGUAAGCAGGGAGCAGCAGCAGCAGUAGGGAGCGAACAGGCAUUCAGCAGGCAUAUUGAUCGGCUCAGUCGAAGCGUGAUUGUGGGAGAUGGCGGACCAGCAGAGCUCUGUUGUCGAGCUGAAUGUCGGCGGCGUAUUCUACACGACUAGCAGCCAAACUCUGGCCAAGGAUCCCAACUCGACUCUGGCCGCGCUGGUCGCAGCUGGUGGCGGCGACUGGCCGCGCGACUCCAAGGGAAAGAUCUUUAUCGACCGCGACGGAGUUCUCUUCCGAUAUGUGCUCGAUUACCUGAGGAAUCAGGCACUAGUCCUCCCGGAGAGCUUUCGGGAACGGGAGCGCCUGAAGCAGGAGGCGCAGUUCUUCCAGCUGCCCGGCAUGGUGGAGGCGAUCUCUGCCACACCAGGCGGUCGCCAGCCGGGCUACAUCACGAUCGGCUAUCGCGGCAGCUUCGCGUUCGGACGUGACGGCCUGGCCGACGUAAAGUUCCGCAAGAUCACGCGUAUUCUGGUCUGUGGUCGCGUGACGCUCUGUCGCGACGUGUUUGGCGAGAGCCUCAAUGAGAGUCGCGAUCCUGACCACGGUCUCACGGACCGCUACACGUCACGCUUCUUCCUCAAGCACUCCUCCAUCGAGCAGGCGUUCGACAUGCUGCAGGAACAGGGCUUCACGAUGGCUGGGAGCUGCGGCUCGGGUACGGCCGGAAGUUCGGCCGAUCUCAAGCCGGGUGUCGACUCUGAGGAGAGUCGUUGGAAUCACUACAACGAGUUUGUGUUCAUUCGCGAGUAGGCCAAUACUACUUCGACACUUGAUGCACAAGACGAGCUGGAGGACUACUGUGUUGCUUUCUAGAGGAGAAGAAUAAAAAUAGCAAGUGGGGUUGCGCCUGAGGAUAUACGAUAACGCCUGAACUUUUCCCUGAUAAGGGAUGUAAGUGUGAAUGCCGGAAAAAGAGUGCAAAAUCCAGAUCUGUGCUUAUUUCUAUAUCGAGAGAAAGAGGGAGAAAAAUUCAAACCUUCCUAACCGGAAAGCAUGAAAGUCUUAGCCAAGACUGCAUUUCAUUUUGUAGCGGUUGAUCCAAAUGCACACAUGAUGUGAACAUUUUUAUCAAUCUAUUUAUAAUCAAACGAUACAAUAUAAUUAUUAUAGUAGUGUAUUGAAGACAAACAGUGCCCACAAAUUCGUAUGCUAUAUUAAUUACUAAUAAUAUCAACAUCAGAGAAAAGUUUGUAUAAUCGAUGUAAAUUUACCAUUAUCAUUGUAUUAUAAUAUAUCGAAAGAUUUGUUUAAAUAUCUCCAUGUGUGGCAGUCAUCUAUUCGAAUUCAUUUUUGUGACUAGAUUUAAUAGAGGAGGAAUUGAGUAGUUUAUUAAACAUUAGAACUUGCUAUUCCUCUGUAGUGAUUUAGUCAAAGGUUGAAAAACAAGAAAAAACAAUUUCGAAAUUGGAAAAUAUUUGAAGUUCAGUUAUUUUAUCUGUAUUUACUAACGGUAUCUACAUAGAUUAGAGCUAUAUAUUAGACAUUAACUUAAGUUUAUUUGGAAAACUGUAGAAAUAUCUUACUUAAAGUGAUUGAGAAAAAUUACUUUUUCUUAGUCGUCGUAACACCAAAAAAAUAAUAUCAAGUUCUUCUACGAGGGUUCUGUAAUAAUAUUAUGUAGCCUAUUCGAUUAUGAUAUUGACUGUCUUUAGUUAUAGAUAAAUCUAUCAUUCCGGAAAUGAGGGUUGUAAUAGCCGUUUUUAAAUUCAAUACCUAACUGAAACUCAUUUGAAACACAGAAUCCAAUGAACAUUUCCUACAUAAUCGACAUUAAAAAACUGAAAUGUUAAGAAACCUUGUGCUAUUCAAUAUAUGGAUUCAAUAAUGUUACUCUGCUGUGAUCUAUCUUAGGGACUUUUUAGAUGAGUCCAGUUAGAUGUAUCUAAAUGGUUCUAUUAUUUCCUAUAAAAAUGCCUAAUCUGGGUUAAUAUUGAGACUAGGCUACAUUACAAUUAUUUUAUGUACUUAUUGUAUUCAUUGAGAUAUUUUGAUCAAUCUUAAAACUGGGCCUUUCCGUCUAGAUUCAUGCUAAGAACUCAAUCCAAUGAAGCUUUAUAUUUUGAUUGUCACAAGUGAAAUCCAACAAAAAAGACGAUUUUUCAACUCCUAUUGUAAAAAUUACCAAUGUGAAUUGGAAUGAAAUUAUCUCUAUCUCAUGGUGUAUAGCCAUGUGCAUUGGAAUCAGUGAUUUCUGAAAAUGUUACGCCUAUCAAUUUCAUUUGGAAAAAUAUUUUUACAGAUUGGAAAUAACCUUCCCAAUUCUGGGUUUUUCAUUCUUCAUGUAUUUGAAAAUUGAAAGAGUAACGUUUUACAUUUGAAAAAUAUCAUGCAUUUGCGUAAUUUGUAUAUUCGAAAUUGAAUGUUGAUAUGGUUAUAAAAGUAUGUUUUUAUAAGAAAAUAAAGAUUGUGUGUUAUGAUAAUGUUGAAAAUUGAGCGAAAGUCUCUUGAGUGGAAUUUUCAAUUGUUGUUGGCUUUGAUUGUGUAAGGAAAUUAUUUACAAUAUUCUUCAAAAAUGUUCAAAAUGUAUCAUUAGCGCACCAGUACCUGAUUUUGAAAGUUGUUUGUGUGGUUGAUACAUAAUGUGAUGAAUGUAGUUUUGUUACUUUUGGUGGAUUAAUAUUAUGUAAAGAAGCAAGAAAGAUUGAAGGUUACUGCGGAAAGUUGAACUCUUUAAUCCUUCAAAACAUUUAGGUCUAUCAAUCACUGAAUUUCAAAGGAGUGUCCCUUGGGUUUGUAGAGAAAAGUAAAAUGUUAUCAAUACUCAACCUUUAUUAAAGUUGACGAUUAUUGAAAGAGUUACUACUGUAUGAUUUAUUUGUCAUUACUACAGGAAAACUUCUAUCAUAAAGGUUUCAUGAGAAUAAUGAAUAUUAUUUCAGUUUCCUGGAACCAACUGUUUGGCCCUUUGAAACUUGGAAUGUAACAGUUUUGUUGCAUGUUACCACCAAAUGGAUGGAUUGAUCAUGAAAAGCCGUUAGGCCAUAUCUGUCCUAUGCAUCGGGAUCAUUGAACUAUGAAAUUUAUUUGUCAUUUGAAUUCGACAUUAUCAGAUGAACAUUUCCCAACAUGACCAAUAUUCAUAUUCGAUAAGAAAUUGUUUACAUAGUACAUUAGAUCGUAAUUAAAAUUUCAUAGGGUUCUUGUAAGAUGAAACAUGAUAGUAUCAAUUUAAUAAUUUGUUGAAGAAACUGUUUUCAGAUUCUCUCAAUGUUAUGUUACCGAAUAUUGUAAAAUAUUAUUGAAUAUAUUUUUCGUUAAUAAAAAUCUAUUAUUA